AUGACAGAGGAGUGCUCAACCAGGGAACAGAGGGAUCAACACAAGUUUCUAUUCCGAAGUAGCCGCGAGAGGCCCAGUGACGACGAUUCCGACACGAACAGAACAUCAGUGGCGUCAGUUCAACAGGGGGAAGAAGUGUUAUAUGAGAUCGACCCGCGAGCGUUGAAAAAGCUACCAGAGCGUCUUCAGAACAAUUAUCGUCAGCUAUUUCAGGAGGGAGUCGAGAGGCUGACUCUGAAGAACCCGAACUUCAAAUACCGCCCAUACGACUAUAUGGACCAUUGGCCGCAGGGAACUUUUGAGCCAGAAGAAGAGGAGCAACCAAGAAAUAUAAAAAGACAAUAUCCGAGGAAGCAUAACUUAUUGCAGGAAUUGGGGAUUAUACAUGUUCCGCAGUCGCAGUUCACCGACUAG